AAUGAAUGUGCUGAACUAAUUUAACUAAAUGAUGACCGGAUGUAGAAAGGAAAUACAAUAAAACAAUGGCAAACUCAAGCAAACAAUCCAGUAAUAAUAGUAAUGAAGUGAACGUGAGUCACAUAACAUAAUGCCAAUGUGGAGAGAGCGAAACCAACUGUUGCUGGGUGGCAGACAGAUGUUAUUGGGUCGUUUCAACCAUUUGUUGCUGGAUUUUUUUUUCGUUCAGUCCGAUCACUUAAGUUGUUAGAAAAAAAAACAAAAUAAAAUGUCUUCGGUACAUUCAUUCGAAAAUUCCGAUAAUCAACAACAACAACCUCCACAACCACCGCCACCACCAUCAACAUUUCAAAGUCAUGAUAUUGGUCUACGAAUACAGAAAAAAUUAUUCGGCCGUAUGAUGUCGAAUAAAACAAUGGCCAAAACAUUAAUUGAUUCAGAUUCGACAUGUUUAAUGGAUAAUUUACACAGGUUAUGUAAAUUAUAUUGUCGACAACACGAUGACAAAAUUGUAUCAUCUGGACCAAAAGAAAUAGCUGACAAAAUUGUCAAAUAUUUAAUGAAGAUAACAAUUAAAGUAGCCAUAUUGGUAAUGAAUCAUCAAUUGGAUAAUGAUGAAAUGUAUCGAAUGGCAAAAAUUCAACACUCAAUUCGUUCCAUUCUAAUGACAAUCGUAUCGUUUCAUCAAGUAGAUUUCAGUUAUGAACGUCAAUAUUUACAGCAACAAAUGCAAAAAUGCAAGACGGAAUUAAAACAAUUAAUACAACGACAUCUAAGUGAGAAAUCACAAAAAAGAAUUGAUUUUGUUUUCGAUUUUCUUGGUCAUUCGGAAUUUUUGGACAGUUUUUUCACUACAACAACCAAUAAUUCAAUGGAUAAACAAUGGUUGGAAAUGAAAGCCACAAUUGUUGAAGAUAUAAAUCGAUUGUUAGAACGAAAAAAUUGGUGAUUGUGAAAUCAGUGUGUGUGUGGGUGUGUGAGUGUGAAACAAAGAAACAUCUGUGUACAUAAUUCAGUCGGGUGGUCAAUUCUAAUUAAAUAAUUGUAAUAAUAAUGACAACCAUUAAGAAAAUAAUGAAUUGUGGAUGAAUUUUUCUUCAUAACAAGUGAACAAGAUUUUUUAGAUCCGAAAUUGGAUUAUUAUUGA